AUGUGUUUCAUCUGGGAAGGUUUGGUGCUGAUGGGUGACGUCUCCCCUCACCUCCUGGCUCAGCCCAGGCCCCGGCACAUGGGCACCGGGUGCUUCUCAGGGAGGUCCCCGGUGCCUUGUGGCAUCCUGGACCUGAGGCCCUACCCACAAGCCCCUGAGCCAGAGGGCUUGGCUCUGGCUUUGCUUCCCCUCCUGCCUGCACAGGGCCCCGUGGUGAUUGCACAGCUGUCACGCGACCUGAUGGUUAUCAGCACGGCCCUGGUGCUAUAUAGACGGGCUCAGUGGGACGGCUCCAGCUCCAGCUCCAGCUCCAGCUCCAGCUCCAGCUCCAGGAUGGAUUUCAGUGGGACCUCGAGCAUCAUCCUGCUGAUGUUUGUCUCCUGCCUGCUGCUCUUCUCCUCCUGGAAGAAGAGGCGAUGGAGCCAUCUGCCCCCUGGACCUUCCCCGAUCCCCUUCCUCGGCAACAUGCUGCAGGUGGAUGCCAAGGACCUGAUCCCGUCCCUCCGGAAGCUUAGUGAGACGUACGGCCCCAUGUACACCUUCCACCUGGGCUCCCGGCCCUGCAUCGUGCUCUCAGGCUACCAGGCACUGAAGGAAGCCCUGAUUGACAAGGCCGAGGUGUUCAGCGGCCGCGGGGACUUCCCAGCUGUGCAGAUGUGGAGCAACGGAAAUGGCAUCGUGUACGGUACCGGCGAACGCUGGCGCCAGCUCCGGCGCUUCGCCAUCACCACCUUCAAGAACUUCGGCAUGGGCAAGCGCAGCAUCGAGGAGCGCAUCAAGGAGGAGGCCCAGAUCCUCGUUGCAGAGUUGCGUAAGACCAACGGCCAGCCCUUCGACCCCACGUUCUUCCUGAGCUGCGCAGGCUCCAACAUCAUCUGCACCUUGGUCUUCGGCGACCGCUUCGAGUACACGGACCACCAGUUCCUCACCCUCAUGGGCCUCAUCAACAGGAACUGGAAGCUGAUGAGCUCCACCUGGGGGCAGCUGCUCUUCACCUUCCCCAAGAUCAUGCGCCACGUCCCCGGGCCCCACAGGCAGAUCUACAAGAACUACCUGAAGCUGGCGGAGUUUGUCGGGGAGCGGCUGCGGCUCAACAAGGAGACGCUGGAUCCCAACAACCCGCGGGACUUCAUCGACUGCUUCCUCAUCAAACUGGAGCAGGAAAAGAACAACCCCGACACGCACUUCACCGAGGAGACCAUGUCCAAGACCACGGUGAACCUGUUCUUCGCCGGCACCGAGACCGUCAGCUCCACCCUGAAGUACGGGCUGCGGAUCCUGCUCCGGCACCCCGAGGUGGAAGAGAAGCUGCACGAGGAGAUCGACCGGGUCAUUGGCCCCAACCGCAGCCCCUGCAUGGAGGACCGGGCCCGCAUGCCCUACACGGACGCCGUCAUCCAUGAGAUCCAGCGCUUCGCCGACAUCGUGCCCAUGGGCGUGCCCCACACCGUCACCCGUGACAUCGAGUUUCGGGGCUACCGCAUCCCCAAGGACAUGAACAUCAUCCCCCUGCUCUGCACGUCCCAGUUCGACCCCAGCCAGUUCAAGAACCCCAACGCCUUCGACCCCGGGCACUUUUUGGACGAGAACGGGCGGUUCAAGAAGAACGACGCUUUCAUGGCCUUCUCCGCAGGGAAGCGGGUGUGCCUGGGCGAGGGCCUGGCCGUCAUGGAGCUCUUCAUCUUCCUCACCUCCAUCCUCCAGAGCUUCAAUCUCAAGCCGCUGAUGGACCCCCGGGACAUCGACAUCACCCCCGAGUCCAGCGGCUUGGGCAACAUCCCCCGGCCCUACCAGUUCUGCCUCCUUCCCCGCUGAGCAGAGCCGGUCCCUCCUCCACCUGCCCCGACCCCGGUGCUGA